UCGCAAAAAUAAAAAUACAAUAGUCUUUGAUCCCAGAUUUGUUCACAACUCCUCGAUUUUCACAAAAACAUUAGAUUCCUGCUAAAUAGUAAAUACCCUACAAGCCAAUCAGAAACCCUAGAUUCAUCACCUCCAAAUCUGAACUAUUCUUUUUUUCUUUCAACUAAAAUGCCACAACACAUUUUACUGUGAUUGCCACUUGUUUAUUCAGAAGCAAAAGAUUUGAUUUGAUUUAGUUUUGCUUUGCUGGUUGCCAACUUGUUUUUGGUUUCAAGAAAUAAAAAUCCAAACUUCUUGUAGUACAAUUGUUACUGCAUUUGGUUAAGGAGAGCCCUGUUUGAGAAAUUCAGAGGUGCCCUUUGAGUCUGGAGCUGAUUUGGUGAAGUGGGUGUACAUUGUUAGGGUGUGUUGAUAGUGGGGCAAGAGAAAUUUGAAGACUUUUUUUUGGGUGUGCGUAGAAGGGUGUAAAUGGGAGGGAGAUGAGAGAGGGGCACAUGAGAGUUUUGGGGAACAAUGAAUGGAGGGUCAUUGGGGAUGCGUACGGGGAGUUAUGGGUCUUUAGAUAAACAGCUACAACAGAACAACACCGCCACCAACAACAAUAACAGCAACAACAACAACUACAACGGAGUGUCGCCAAUUCCAACUGUAAGGAAACCUUCGAAGAUGCAGAAGGAGAAGGAGAGGUUGUUCCAUUGGAUCUGCAAGUUUGCUGGCCGCAAAAGGGUCGGAAUGUUGCUUCUAUGUGUCAUCUCCGCCGUGGUUUUCGUCUGGGUUUUAUAUGUGGGAAAAGGUGAAGAUGGACAAGAAAGUGAGACUGUCCAAACUAUUGGUGUAAACGAGAGCAUACCUUUGAACAACCCUGUGGAAAGGGACGCUCUUUCUUCGCCGAAUCUAGUGGGAGUGGUUCAAGAUUUGACCUUGCCUCCUCCUCCUCCUGCUGUUUUUCUGGGCUACACGCUUCCUCCAGGGCAUCCAUGUAAUGUUUUUACUCUGCCUCCCCCACCAGCGGAUAGAAAAAGAACUGGACCAAGGCCUUGUCCAGUAUGUUACCUUCCUGUGGAAGAAGCCAUUGCCUUAAUGCCAAAGGUCCCCUCUGAUUCCCCAGUUCUUAAAAACUUAACGUAUAUUUAUGAGGAAAAUUUAUCUAGAGAUGGAGAAUUUGGAGGUUCGGACUUUGGUGGAUACCCCACUUUGAAGCAGAGGAGUGAUUCUUAUGAUAUAAGAGAGUCAAUGAGUGUGCACUGCGGAUUUGUCAGAGGAAUUAAACCUGGCCGCAACACAGGCUAUGACAUGGAUGACGAUGAUCUCCUUGACAUGGAGCAGUGUAACGGUGUGGUUGUUGCAUCAGCAAUAUUUGGAAAUUUUGAUGAGAUAAACCAGCCAAGAAAUAUCAGUGAUCAUUCCAAGGCCACUGUUUGCUUCUACAUGUUUAUAGAUGAAGAAACAGAAACAGCUAUGAAGAGUGCUGGCACUCUGGGCAGCAGCAAGAAAGUUGGUUUGUGGAGAGUAGUUGUUGUUCGUAACAUUCCUUAUGUAGAUGCAAGACGCACAGGAAAGAUUCCGAAGCUUCUAGUGCAUCGGAUGUUUCCAAAUGCUCGCUUUUCUCUUUGGAUUGAUGGAAAACUUGAACUUGUUGUGGAUCCAUAUCAAAUACUUGAAAGGUUCUUGUGGAGGAAAAAUGCAACUUUUGCCAUCUCUAGACAUUAUAAACGCUUUGAUGUAUUUACUGAAGCUGAGGCAAACAAAGCUGCUAAGAAAUAUGAUAAUGCCUCUAUCGACUUCCAGAUUAACUUUUAUAAAAGUGAGGGUUUGACCCCGUAUUCAGAGGCUAAACUUCCCAUCACAAGUGAUGUUCCUGAAGGAUGCGUGAUCAUAAGGGAGCACGUUCCUAUCAGCAACCUCUUUACUUGUCUUUGGUACAAUGAAGUGGACCGUUUUACUUCCAGGGACCAAAUUAGUUUCUCCACUGUAAGGGACAAGAUUACGGCAAAGACGAAUUGGAGUAUCAAUAUGUUCUUGGAUUGCGAAAGACGCAAUUUCGUAGUCCAGAAAUACCAUAAAGAGGUAUUGGAUCGUAUUGCUCCUCAUGAGCCUGCUGCCGUUCAACCACCACCUCUACCACCAUCACCACCAGCAGCAGUUCUGUUUGAUAAUCCACCAAUUAAAUCGACACUUGAAACUCCACCGGAAAGGAUUGUAAGUAUUCCAGUUAGAAAGAUUCUACCAAGGCGUGCAAGAGGAAGGUACAGUUAUAGGCGUCACCGCAAAGUUGCCGCAGGCAACCUUAAUUCCUAUUGAAGUUUUGCUUAAGCUAGAUACACCAUUCUUUUUCCUUCCCCCUUUGAAAAUCAUUCAGUGCGGGGGCUGGAGGGUUUGUGCAAGAUGGUUGUUGUACUUCUGCUUCCAAAGAGGGUAUUGUCUUCUCAUUUUUUGUUUUCUGCUUUUGGAAUUGUCAAUUUUUAUUCAUUUUUUGUUGUAUAUAUAUAUAUAAUAUAAAUUAUUACCAAUAAUUAUAGUGUGGGUUGCUGCCAAAGUCCUAUAUGUGGUGACCCAUUUUGUGGUUCCAUUAUCAUGGCAAUUGUAUUGGAACUCAAUUAUGUAAUAGUUAUCUUUAUUUCUCUUUUGAAAAGCAAUAAAGUUGAUAGAAAGUUACUGAA